AAACACGUAACAGGAAAGAAGGAACCAACCUAGUAAUAUAGUUAAAUGAGAAUUGAAUGAAUGAAAAUCAUCUAAGUUUUGAUGUGGCGCUGAAUACGGUUGUGGUUUCUUACCUGUCGGAUAAAUCGUUGUUGUCUAGUUCCACGCAAUGUCAUUAUUAAUCAUAUGAAACACAUGCCUCUUUUCGAAAAUAUAAGGAAAUGUGUUAGUCGUCGACAUGGGUUAUCUCGUCGAGUAACAAAAGUUUUGUUCAAUGUGAAGAUUAGUGAAUCUUUUAAAUCUCCCAAUGUUCCGUCUCAGAUUCGAGAUUUAUUGGUGUACAUUGCAAGAGAAGGUGUGGCAGUCACUGACCUGUUUAGAAGACCAGGUAAUCCUCAAGAUAUGAAAAAAAUCAUAGCGGAUCUUGAGGCCGGCAGGCCAAUCAAGUGGACGGACUAUAACUUCUAUACACUUGCGAAUAUUGCCAAGCGUUACCUCCUCCAUAUUGAAGGUGGUGUUUUAGGCCCUCAAUCUGAAGAGAAGCUGCUCUCUACACUUGAUAUACAAGAUGAUCAAGCUCGGAUUGAAGCGAUGCACAGUGUGAUAGUUUCUCAACCGAAACCGGUUCAGCAGCUACUUGCUCUAUUGUUUGGCAUCUGGUUUCGAAUGAUCUAUCAUACAGAAGUUAAUGCAAUGUCUGUAGAAGCGGUGGCUAAAUCUGUCGCUGGAUCUGUUUUCCCAAGUUGCACAACUACUCCGAGAAAAGUUGAGCGAGCGUCAAAAGUCAUGGAAUACCUUAUCACUGGCUUCGCAUCAGCUGAUCUCUUCAGUCGUGAACUGAUAGAAUACUUUACUCUAGAGACUAAAACUAGUAUUUCAAGAGUAGAGAAGUUCAAGUAUGAAUUUCGAUUUCCAAAGGACGUGCCAAGAGAAAAAUCUGUACGGUUGUUUGUGCGUAUGUUGUUAGAAGAAGGUAGAAAACAUGGAUUUCAUCUGAUAAAUGACGCUGUAUCCAAAGAAGUUUUCGAACAAGCGACUUGGUACAAUGCAUCCGCCCCAGUGGUUUCAAACUGUGACGAGAAAUCAAGAACUGAUCAAGUCACUUCCCAGUCUGAGGAUAGACUGUCUGCUGAGAAUACUUCACCGAAUGUUUCCCGUGUACAGAAUAUCAGUUCUUCACAGAGUGAACGUUAUAUCACCAAAGACGGAACUGUUUUAUACGCAGAAUCGAGUUCCACGUUAACGCCUACUCUUCCAAGACGUGAAAAUAAACUGUAUCAGCAUGAUUCUAAUGGAUUCGAUCUGUUAACUGCUCCUAUUCAACAGACAUCAGAGAAACGUACUUGUGUGACUACUACACCUAUUGCCGAAAGUAAACAUGCACCGAUAGGCAAUUUGAAUGCUCGAAGAACGUAUGACUUUGCCAAUCCGAUUGCAAAAACUGAAAAUUUCGAUCAUCAUUUGCCUAGAUACUCUCAUCUUUCAAAUACAGUCGAUAGGUGUGGAGGAUAUGAUAGUCAGAUAAAAGCCUCAGCUCUUCAGACGCCAACCUCUCAAACAGUAUGCUUCAAUUCAGUUAAACGACGUCAGUUGGAACGUUUACAAAAACGUUCUGAUUGGUUUUUGAGUCCUCCUGCUGGUUUAAGAUCAUCCACUGGUCUUAUCCACUUAAACCCCAAAGCUCCAGAUGUUGGCCAUACUCACCUUUCACCUCAUGCUGAAAAUGAAACGGAAAAAUCUCCAAGUAACUAUGAUAACAAUGAUAAUAAUAAUAACCCAAUUGUGCCUGUUGAACAAAAUUCCACAUCAGAUAUUGAUUCAACAUCACUAAUGGAUAUUGAGUUAUCUGAAGAUGUUGUUGUCACUGAUUAUAAUAGUAAUCUGGGUCAUUACAAUGUUAAUGAUGAUGUCGGACACUUGGUAUUCACUGCACCGGAACGUUUAUGGGAUUGUGGUAAUGUGAAGACAACGACUGUCAGUACUGGUUGUAAAAGGAAUUCACGUACACUGUUGCCUGAACAAACAACAGCACCAACGGCUACAAGUUCUCCGAAUUGGCAAACAGAUAGCCUUAAAAAUUAUCCAGCUAAACGGUCUUCCCUUCGACCAGUUAUUGAUGAGAAAGAGAAUUAUCCAGAGGUGGAAACGCGAUACUAUGUUGUUGAGAGAUAUUACGGUCCUGAGCCUCGACCACCACCGAUUGGGGUUGGCGGUGCUGGUGCUGGUCAGCGUGUUAUGAAUCAUGAUAGGGUACCUCAUGCCUGUCGUUUAUAGGCUGGAUGAUAACUAGCAUAAACAGAAAUUCAAACUGCACUUUUCGCCUUUUGUGUACACAGUAUAUACUCCAAUUUAGUUACUACUGUUUGAUAUUUGCUGUUUUUCUUCUUUACAACAAAACACAGUACACACCGUCUUUUUAUAACAAACAAAAGUAUGUAUUAUAGCUAUGAUAUUUAUCACCCAAAAGAAUUCCGAUCUCAUCAAUAUUCCUUCAAAUCAUUACUAAUAUUCAUUACACUAUUAUCUGCUUUACAUGUUUCAGUGGUCUUUUUAAAAGGAUAUACAUAUAUAUGUAAUCGAUAAUAUAUCAUCCGAAGCUUGCUCCAGAACCACUUCACAAUAUCCUUAACCCAUUUUUGUCAAAGAUUUCCUAGCGGUAUAUAUAUAUAUAUAUAUAUAUAUAUAUUAUUAUUGUAUUGCUCUACACUAUGUGCCUAUACUAUACACACUGUUCUUACCACUCUUCAGGUGGAAUGUUAUUACUAAUCUUGUCGCAAAGGAUUAUAAUUCUAUUAGUUAUAUUUUGAUAUGUUUUUCUCUUUUCCUCUCUCCUCUCUGAUUUUUCUUUGUUUUUGAUGUAUACGUACACAAAAGGCUGUAGGCAAAAGUGAAUAUGGUGAAAUGCAUUACCCGACAAAGUUAUUGGGAGAUGAUGCAGAGAACGACUUCUUCACAUAAUAACACUAAUGUGUUCACUUGUUGUUUAAUAUUGUUCACAUCGGUGCGUUUUACAGUUCUGGGCUUGAUAUUAUUAUUAUCACUAUUAUUAUUAUUAUUAUUAUUUAAAUGCAGGAAAAUAAAUGCCGACCAUUGAAAUAUUUGGUUGUCGUUGUUUAACUCUUUAAUUUCUGCGCUUAAAUGAUUCUUCUUCUUCUUCUUGAUCUCCUACUCCUCCACAUCUCCUUUCCUUGUCUCUUGUUUCGAUUGUCUGUUUGUUUUUUAGCCUGUGGGCGUUAAUCACAUUAUUAUUAAUAAACUAGGCUAGUGUGUUUGUGCGCUAGUCAGUCGAUUGCCUUUUCUCUCCACACUUCCUCUUAGGUUGGAAAAAAGAUGUGUGAGAAAAAUGCCCAAUUAUUACUUCUUUUUUUAAACCCUAUAAACAUUUUUACAAUUACUAGUUUUAUUGAUACUGCUUAUUAUUUGCCAAUACAAGCAAUAUAGAGCAGUGUAUUGUUAAUGGUGUAUUCUUAGGGAGAUUUUGUGUUCUCAUCUUGACGAUUCACUGUUUCUAGAGUUUUUAUAUAUAUGAGAUUGUUUUGUCUUCCAUGGUUUCAUACAAUUUUCUACAUUUAAAGAAUGUAUGUAUUGUGUGUGUGUGUUGGGGGUGUGUGUGUGUGUGUGUUGGGGGUGUGUGUGUGUGUGGUUGAGCAUCUUUAUUUGACCAACACUUCUUCAUAAUACAAUAAUAGUGAUUAUUGUUGUGUUCUUUUUUAAUUAUGAUUAUUAUUUUUGAAGUGAUUCCAUUCAUAUGCAUAUGCGCAUAUAUAUGAGUAGAUAACUAACUAAUUCCCCAUUAUUGUGUGUGGGGCUGUGUAUCUAUCUAUCUAUCCAUUUGUCUUAUAUAUGUAAAUAUAUAUUAAAUAAGACUAAGUGUGGACAAUAACUUUGUUUUUGAUACUUACUGUACACGUUAAACGUGCUCUUCUUUUACUCCUUAUAUCACACCUUAGACUAUCUAAUCGGUCACAUUUUUGUUAAACACAGUGUAAGCAUUGUGGGUGUUGGUUGCAUGGGCGUGUCUUCUCCAUUUGUUUCCCUCCUCUUUCCUAUCUCUUUUACUAAAUAGAGACAAUUCUUCUCCUUUUAUAUAUAUAUAUAUAUAUCAUCACAAUGUAUUCUGUUCUUGUCUGUUCUUUUCUUCUCUUUUUGGUUUUUUUAUGCGUAAAAGAUUUGUACAAAACAAACUUGGCCUUGUUGUGCUUUAUUCUCCACUUUCUAUGGUUUCUCAUAGUAUGUGUGUGUGUGUUAUUGCUUUAUUGAGAAUUGAAAACCAUUUUUAUGUUUAUUAAAAUGAUGAGUGAUACAAUUUUAUCUGUCUA